AUGACCAUAGCACCCAAGUCUGGAAAUACACUUUUGAUUACGGGCAACAUAAACCUCGUCGACUCCACCGGGAAUUUGAAUGCCGCCAACGUCGCCCACGUCUCAAAGCUGGUUGACAAAGGGUGCAUAGUCCUUUUGAUGUUCUACGUGAAGAACGACGAAGAGGAGGAUGCCAUGCGCAAGCUUCUGGAGCGCGCUCUCCCCUCCCUCCCCCAGAAGAACUUGAUCUUUUUUGAAUGUAUACAGUCCAUUUAUUCAAUAUGCCGCCAGAUUGAGCCAAAUUACGUCCUGGACGCGUACGACGAGAGCUAUAAGCUCACAUCACAAUUCUUCAAAGGACGCUACUUUAAAACAGACGCAGAUAGCUUCCGUGCAACGGUCAAUGUGUGA